AUGAGUGCGCCUCCGCUUAUCCGCACCCCCAGUUUACUCGCCUUCCCCGGGGGGCAGCCAGGAGGAGGAGGAGGAAGUGGAGGGGGCGGAGGAGGCAUGCUGUCCUUCCACAUCCAGAUCGGUCUGAGCCGAGAACCGGUCCUGCUGGACUCGGCCGACGUGAGUCUGGCUCAAGUGCGAGAGGUGGCCUGCUCCAUCGUGGACCAGAAGAUUCCUGAGUGCGGCUUUUAUGGCAUGUAUGACAAGAUCCUCCUUUUCCGCCAUGACUCGACAGCUGACAACGUUCUACAGCUGUUGCACUCAGCCUCGCAGAUCCAAGAUGGUGACCUGGUUGAGGCCAUUCUUUCGGCUUCAGCCACAGUUGAAGACUUCCAGAUCCGCCCUCAUUGCCUGUUCGUACACUCUUACCGGGCGCCUGCCUUCUGCGACCAUUGCGGCGAAAUGCUGUGGGGGCUUGUGCGGCAGGGCCUCAAAUGUGAAGGCUGCGGGUUAAACUACCACAAGCGCUGCGCGUUCAAGAUCCCCAACAACUGCAGUGGCUUGAGGCGUCGCCGCCCGUCCAGUGUUUCUCUGACAGGGGCGUCGGGCUACCUGGGUGGGCGCCCCCUCUCCGCCGAACCGUCACCGCCGCCCCACUUUGGCGAUGAGGCCCUGCUGUCACCUGUCAGUCCGAAUAUGGAGAAGUGCUCGUCGUGGUCUUCGGGAGAUGCGUGGUGGACACGCGAACGGCGCUCUAGCUGCCAGUCAUAUGUGGGCCGACCCAUCGAGCUGGACAAGCUGCUAAUGUCAAAGGUCAAAGUGCCCCACAGCUUCCUCAUCCACUCAUAUACGCGACCCACUGUCUGCCAGCACUGCAAGAAACUCCUGAAGGGCAUCUUCCGACAGGGCCUGCAGUGCAAAGAUUGUCGCUUCAACUGUCACAAGCGUUGUGCUCCAAAGGUUCCAAACAACUGCUUGGGAGAAGUUUCCAGAAAUGGGGAGCUGCUAAGUCCAGGGGCCGAGUCCGACGGCAUUAUGGCGGAUGUUUGCUUUGACGACCAAGAAAGAGCCAGUGGGCUGAUGGACGACACCGAUGACAUCACCAUGACGACUGAUGACAUGACCGCUGCCGCGGCUGCGGAGGCAGGGCCCGCGGAUCUCGGAGACAUGCAAGACCCAGAUGGGGACGACUCCAACAGAGCCAUCAGCCCAUCGACCAGUAACAACAUCCCGUUGAUGAGAGUGGUGCAGUCAAUCAAACACACCAAGAGGAAGAACAGCAAUGUCAUGAAGGAAGGAUGGAUGGUCCACUACACCAGCAAGGACACUCUGAGGAAGAGACAUUACUGGCGCCUGGACAGUAAAUGCAUCACGUUGUACCAGAAUGACACUGGAAGUAAAUAUUACAAGGAGAUUCCGCUGUCGGAGAUAUUGUCAUUAGAGGUUGCUCGGAAUUUCUCGCUUCUCCCAGACGGCGCCAACGCACACUGCUUCGAGAUCACCACCACGAGCUCGCUGGUUUACUACGUGGGCGAAGAUCUGCAGGGGUCGGACAGCAACGGCGCCAAUGUGCUGGUGAGCGGUGUGGGUCAGGACGUGGCCCGCAUGUGGGAGAUGGCAAUCCAGCAUGCCCUCAUGCCCGCAGUCUCCAUGGGCGUCUCCCACAGUUGUCACGGCGACGGGCACAAGGAAAUCGCCAUCAGUAUUUCUGUCUCCAACAGUCACAUCCAGGAGAACGUGGACAUCAAUUCCAUCUAUCAGAUAUUUCCAGAUGAAGUUCUCGGGUCAGGACAGUUCGGAAUUGUCUAUGGAGGCAAACACCGAAUUUCAAGCCGCGACGUAGCCAUCAAAAUCAUCGACAAGCUUCGCUUCCCUACGAAGCAAGAGAGUCAGCUGAGGAACGAGGUGGCCAUCUUGCAGAACCUUCACCAUCCCGGAGUGGUCAACCUCGACUGCAUGUUUGAGACUCCGGAGCGAGUGUUCGUGGUGAUGGAGAAACUUCACGGAGACAUGCUGGAGAUGAUUCUGUCCAGCGAGAAAGGACGUCUGCCCGAACGCAUCACCAAGUUUCUGGUCACCCAGAUCCUGGUCGCCCUGCGCCAUCUCCACUUCAAGAACAUCGUCCAUUGUGACCUGAAACCCGAAAAUGUACUGCUGGCAUCGGCAGAUCCCCUCCCUCAGGUAAAAUUGUGUGACUUUGGAUUCGCCCGUAUCAUCGGUGAAAAAUCUUUUCGUCGCUCGGUGGUGGGCACACCAGCCUACCUGGCGCCGGAGGUGCUCCGCAACAAGGGCUACAACCGCUCACUAGACAUGUGGUCGGUCGGCGUCAUUGUCUAUGUCAGCCUGAGCGGUACGUUUCCAUUUAACGAAGACGAAGACAUCAACGAUCAGAUCCAAAACGCUGCCUUCAUGUACCCACCACACCCAUGGAAAAAAGUCUCUCCAGAAGCCAUCGACCUGAUCAACAAUCUUCUGCAGGUGAAGAUGAGGAAACGCUAUAGUGUUGACAAAACACUAAGUCACGCUUGGCUGCAGGAUUACCAGAUGUGGUUGGACCUCCGCAGUCUUGAGAGUCGUGUGGACGAGCGCUACGUGACGCACGAGAGCGACGAUCUGCGGUGGCAUCAUCACGCCAGGCUCAGCGGAAUCCACGUGCAAACCUACCUGGGGGGCCAGCAGGGGACGCAGCUCUAUCGGGGCAGGGAGGAUGAGCUGGAGACCCUGAGCGAGCGUGUCAGCGAACUCUGA